GUCGCAGCGCGAGCGAACUCCGUCACCUUAAAUAGUGAAAUAGCUGCUGUGAGAGGACAAGAAAAGGGCUGCAGGCAGAAGAAACACCGGAUCUGGUCUGGGCUUUGGUGUAGCUUACACAACAUAAGAAGUAUAACAUCAAAUUCCAGCUUUUAAAAAUGUCCACACCAGCAAGAAGACGGCUAAUGAGGGAUUUUAAAAGGCUUCAAGAAGAUCCUCCUACCGGCGUAAGCGGUGCACCUUCAGAGAACAACAUCAUGCUUUGGAACGCUGUCAUUUUUGGGCCUGUGGGCACACCAUUUGAAGAUGGAACAUUUAAGCUGCUGAUAGAAUUUUCAGAGGAAUACCCAAACAAGCCCCCCACGGUCCGCUUUGUCUCCAGAAUGUUUCAUCCAAAUGUUUAUGCAGAUGGCAGUAUAUGUUUAGACAUUCUCCAGAACCGCUGGAGCCCCACAUACGACGUCUCGUCCAUACUCACUUCCAUCCAGUCUUUGCUGGAUGAGCCAAACCCCAACAGCCCAGCCAACAGUCAGGCCGCACAGCUCUAUCAGGAAAACAAGAGGGAGUACGAGAAGAGGGUGACGGCCAUCGUGGAGCAGAGCUGGUCGGACGUCUAAAGAUUUUACUCUCUUUGCUGUCCUCUUCAUCACACUCUUCAUCAUCCCUGUACUUCACUUUAUCUCAUCAAAGGAAAAAAAAAGCGACUAUAUCAAAAUUAAGUGCCACUCUGAAGCUAAAGAACAAACUAUCUGUACGGACAUGUCCUUGCUUGCCAAUGCAUUUUAGGAAACAGAGAUUAAAGAGGAGUUGUGAUUUAAUCUUAUCUUUAAAUUUUAUUUCUUUUUAAUUGCAUGAUGUGAAAUAAGUUAUUGCUAACAAAGCGCUUGAGUUUUACAAAUGUCUUUGUUUUUUUUUUUCCUAUUUUUUAAUCUCCUUAUCUGCAGAUGUGCACUUGGCCGGUAGGAAAUGACUCAGUAAUGACCAAAUUAGACUUAAAAAUGCUGAUAUCACCCCCCCACCCCCACCAAAAAAACCUGAAUAGACUGUAACUUUCAACUAGAGUCUGGGUUUUUGCUCUGGGACACUGUAGGCUACAACAGGUUGGAGUAAAAAGUAGGAAAGACUGACGUUUUGCAACUGUAGCCGACGCCGAAAUAAGAGUAAAAAUCAGCUGUUUACUCUCAAACCCGUCUUUUUUACCUUUUAUUGAAAACCACAGGAAGUCGAGCGGACUCCAUGGUUUGCUGGCUGUGAUGUCAGUCGAUGGCAGGACCUGGUCUUGACAAAUAAUCAGGUUGGGGAGCAGCUGUUGCUCUCAAUGUGACAAAAAGGAUUUCAGGGCAAACUUGUUUGAGUGCAGCAUCAUGGUUUGGGUUUUUCUUUUUUAGAUUUGCCCUUUUGAAUUAAUUCAUCCACACAAGUUUAGUCUGCCAUUGUGAAACAGAUUGAUGAUCAGUGAAAGCCACAGUGUGGUCUGUGAAUCACUUCACCCCAUAAGCAGAAGGGAUGUUUUAACAUUUUGAAAUUAAACAAAUGUAUACAUAAUAUGCAGUAUAAACGUAAAUAAAACACAUUUUCCAGACUUUGA